CUCAACUAUUGCCGUCCUUUAUAUCAAUUGCCCUCCAUUAUAUUUCUAUUAUUUCCAGAGAUUUCAACAUCCAAAUACGCCUAAUUUAUUUGACACACAAGUAUCUUGUAAUUAAAGAACACACCCUUCACCUUCUCGUUUGUUCUUUGAUUUUCCAACCGCCUCCUUUGUGCUGCACAUUGAAUCCUAACCGGACGCUGUUCCUUUCUGUCCCUCUCCGUCGCUUACCGGAGUUUGCGGAAUCGCGCAAAAUAGAUAGAGACUCAUCAGUUAGCUUUCUCUGUCCCAAUUCUGUUGACUUCGGCUUCUUGUUUCCGGAAACAAAGUGAAGAAAUUCGUCACGAAAGAAUAAUAAAAGUGAAGAAUUUCGAAGGUUUUUUGAAAUUUCCUUCUUCUGCAUGCCAGCAGGAGCCCCUUUUGAGACUUCCUCGUUAUUAACAUCGGAAGGUUAAUUGUACGUGCCACUUGGAGGCAGAAAGUUCUCAAGUGAUUUUGAGCUUAGCAACUAAACCAUAAUCGUGUUCAUAAUCUCUGGUUCUGUAAUUGAUUGUUCUUGAGGUGAACAUAAUGGCCUAUGAUUUGAGUUCAGUACUCUCAAAUUUGCAAAUGGUAUCCACAUCUGAUCAUGCCUCCGUCGUCUCCAUGAACCUAUUCGUGGCACUGCUCUGUGCUUGCAUCGUGAUUGGCCAUCUUCUUGAGGAGAACCGGUGGAUGAAUGAGUCCAUCACUGCACUUUUAAUUGGUCUUGGCACUGGUGUAGUAAUUUUGCUGAUUAGUGGUGGCAAAAGCUCACAUCUUCUUGUUUUCAGUGAAGAUCUUUUCUUCAUAUACAUUCUGCCACCUAUUAUAUUCAAUGCCGGGUUUCAGGUGAAAAAGAAGCAGUUCUUUAAAAACUUUAUCACCAUCGUGUUGUUUGGUGCUGUUGGUACUUUGAUAUCUUGUACCGUCAUAACAUUGGGUGUUACGGAAGCUUUUAAAUGGAUGAAUAUUGGCUCAAUGGAUAUAGGGGAAUAUCUUGCAAUUGGUGCAAUAUUUGCUGCUACAGAUUCUGUGUGCACGCUGCAGGUGCUAAAUCAAGAUGAGACUCCUUUACUCUACAGUCUUGUAUUUGGGGAGGGAGUUGUUAAUGAUGCUACGUCAGUGGUGCUUUUCAAUGCAAUCCACGGCUUUGACCUCAAUCAUAUUGACCUCAGAACUGCACUGCGUUUUUUGGGCAAUUUCUUGUAUCUGUUUGCUGCAAGCACAAUGCUUGGGGUUUUGGCUGGUCUGCUUAGUGCGUACGUUAUCAAAAAGCUGUAUAUUGGCAGGCACUCAACGGAUCGUGAGGUGGCUCUUAUGAUGCUAAUGGCAUACCUUUCAUACAUGCUUGCUGAAUUGUGCUAUCUGAGUGGCAUCCUCACUGUAUUCUUUUGUGGGAUUGUGAUGUCACAUUAUACCUGGCAUAAUGUGACUGAAAGCUCGAGAGUCACUACAAAGCAUGCUUUUGCAACAUUGUCGUUUGUUGCUGAGACUUUCUUAUUUCUUUAUGUUGGUAUGGAUGCCUUGGACAUUGAAAAGUGGAGAUUCGUCAGUGAUAGCCCUGGCACAUCAGUAGCAGUUAGUUCGAUAUUGCUGGGUCUGGUACUUGCUGGGAGAGCAGCUUUUGUUUUUCCAUUAUCCUUCUUAUCCAAUUUGGCUAAAAAGUCACCAAAUGAGAAAAUUUCCUUCCGGCAGCAAGUGAUCAUUUGGUGGGCCGGUCUUAUGAGGGGUGCCGUUUCAAUGGCACUUGCCUAUAAUCAGUUCACCAUGUCUGGUCAUACUCAACAGCGGGCCAAUGCAAUCAUGAUCACCAGCACCAUUACUGUUGUGCUUUUCAGCACUGGGUUGUUCGGUUUGCUGACUAAGCCACUCAUAAGGUUUUUGCUGCCUCAUCCCAAGCAUACUGCCAGCAUGACAAGGGCAGAUCCAUCUAAUCCAAAAUCAGUUACUGCGCCGUUGCUUGGAGCUCCCCAAGAUUCUGAAGCUGAUCUUGAUGGCCAUAUUCAUCGUCCAAGCAGCAUUCGUGCACUAUUAAGCACCCCAACACACACUGUUCAUCGUUACUGGCGAAAGUUUGAUGAUGCAUUCAUGCGUCCAGUUUUUGGUGGGAGGGGCUUUGUUCCUGUGGAGCCGGGUUCACCAACUGAAAGCAAGGGUCCUUAUCACUGGCAUGGGGAAGAUAACCAAAGGAACAUCUAAAAGGUAAGUUCUGUAAAUUCCUUGGAGUUCAAGCAAUGCAUGUUCUGAACCACGAAUAGGAAUUUUGAUGUGAAUAUAUUAGGGAUAGGGGACCAUAGUCCUCUCUGUAAAUCCCGUUAAGCUGAGCUUAUAUUUCUUUUACUGUUAUUACAUAUUAUCAUAAAUUGGCGAAAUCUGUGGUUUGUACACGCCACAUUACAAUGUGUUGCUCGUGCUUCUUGUGAGAUAAAGGUGAAAUUCCAGCCUGCCUGGUUCAAAUGCCA